CGACUGGACGGAGCCUGCGCCGCAGCCCGCGCUCCCGAGCCCAGCGGCUCCGGCAGAGCAGCCUCGAAGAGACACGAUGCGGCCACCGCCCAGCGGAGCGCGGCUCCCGCGCGCCCUGAUGCUGCUGACCGCGCUGUUGGCCACUGGCCGAGGGCUCCCACUGAGGAAGCGAGGUCCCGGGCCCCACGGCCACUCGAGGAUGGCGGAGGCCUCACCUGUACCACCAGAUCUCAGCUCCCCCAAGGCUAAGGACACAACACCAGCAUUCCCUGGAGACCAUCUGCAGGCAGAACCAUGUCAACCCGGGUGCCAGACCGUCCCUGAGCCAGCAGCUCUGACUUUGGGUACAACCACCCCUCCCAGGACCCUGGAACACACACCCCUGCUGCUGGAGCUGCAGAAGCUGCCAGGGUUGGCCGACACAGACUUGAGUGCACCAAACCCCAAUAUCCAGGUGACCAUCGAGGUGGUGCAGGACCCUCAGGCUGAAGUUGAGAUGGACCUGCCUUCUGAGCCCAGCCAUCUCUGGCCCCUGCGUGCCCCUAGCUGGUUGCCCACCGGGGAGCUCUUUUGGCCCCUCUUCUGGGGCUACCAGGAAGGUGAAGAAGGAGCCACUGGCCUCAAAGACAGGGCUCCAGGGGAAGCAGAGGAGGAAGACGGAAAGGACUAUGCUGUGGAGUACAGCGAGGGUGAGGACCAAGGGGCAACUGAAGAAGAUGAGGAUGAGGAGCCUUGGUCCAGUGGGGCCAUAGACAACUGGGACUAUGGCUGGUUGGGUCCUCAGAACCAGGACUUCCGGGGACCAGACAGCUACGACUAUGAACCCCAGGAAGAGUGGAGUACCUGGUCUCCCUGCAAUGGGAGCUGCGGCAGCGGCCACCAGCAGAGAACACGGCUCUGCAGCUAUGCCUGUACAGCCACAGAAUCCCGAGUCUGCGACCUUCCCCCCUGUCCUGGCACCACAGAGGAGAACACGUUGGGCUUUCCCAGUGAGGGGUGGCAGCCCCUUGCCCACAAUGCAACGGAUAUGCUUGAUCCAGAUGUGGACAGCUGCGAGAAGUGGCUGAACUGCAAGAGUGACUUCCUAGCUAAGUACCUGAGCCAAGUGCUAGAGGACCUGCCCAGUUGCCCCUGUGCAUACCCUCUGGAGGCGGUGUACAAUGCUGUGAGCCUGCAGGACGAGCAUCAGGGCCGCAGCUUCCAGUGGCGGGAUGCGAGUGGCCCACAGGAGCGCCUGGACAUCUACCAGCCCACCGCACGCUUCUGCCUGCGCUCCAUGCUGUCUGGCGAGAGCAGCACAUUGGCUGCCCAGCACUGCUGCUAUGAUGAAGGCAGCCGGUUGCUGACCCGCGGCAAAGGGGCAGGGGCUCCGGACCUAGUCAGCACCGACUUUUCACCUGAGCUGCACUUCAAGGUAGAUACGCUGCCCUGGAUCCUGUGUAAGGGGGACUGGAGCCGCUACCACACUGUGCGCCCCCCCAACAAUGGCCGGGCCUGUGCAGACAACCCACCAGAGGAAGAGUACCUGGCUCAACUGCAAGAGGCCAAAGAGUACUGAAGAGGAAUUAGAGAAUGGUCCUUCUGCCCUUUACCCUGCCCCUGCCCAGACUGGGCAAGUAUUAGGGCUCAUCUGAGAGGCCAUCAGGCAUGCAUACCCACCUGCCGCCUCUUGAGACCCUGAGUCAGAAGAACCCAGGCAUCUCAAGGUUUGGUGAGAAGGUUGGAGGAUGUGUCAGGCAUAAGGCCCCUGGGAUGUGUUGGGAAGGGGAGGAGCUAUCCGAGCUUGACCAUGAGCCCUUUCCCCUCUCUCUCAGAACAAGGCCUCUUCUGCCUUUCCCUCUGUUCGGGGUUGAGCCAGGGUGGUCCAGAUACAUCCCAGUUCCCAGGAUCUCUUGUGAAUCCCUUGGACCCCCACCCUAUGGCCAGUUGCGGAAGAACACAGGGAGGGGUGGGACAAGAAAGGACAGUCCUUUCAUUUGACACUACAGCUGCUUUUUGCUGGACUAGCAGAACCAGAGCAACCACCCCUCCUUAUGGCACACAGCUUCUUCUACCCUGUCCCAUGCUAUAAGGCCAUCAGUGGGGCUCAGGACAUCAGUGGAGCUGAGGGGAGAUUGGUUCCAGUCAGGGAACCACCAGCUGUUUCUGGUCCUCCUCUGUUCUGUCCCCAGACGAUAGACAUGUGCUGGCUUGCCACAGCCAGGGCAACCAUGCUUGGGAUGAGUUCAGUACUAGAGGUGGGUUCAGGAGGGUAUCACGUGCCAGGAGCAAGUUUGACAGGGCAGACAGUCCCGGUGUUGGAUGUGGGCUAUUUUGUGGUAGUGGUACCCACAUCAGUGGCCCACUUAAUACCCCCAUGUAGCACCACUGAAAGCACUGGACUUGGAGUUGGGAGAUGGGUGUGUUGGCUCCCAGCACACCCGUGCCUCUGCCCAGACACCUCUCAUCCCCAAACCACACUUCCUUGGUUUUUCUGGAGCUGAAAUAUUGUAGACUUUCUGUUUCCAUUCACAAAUCUCCAAAGGGGCUUGGUAGGGAACUUGAGUUCCAGCCCCAUCCACAGCUGUCCGGAAGCUGUCCUGGGAUCCUCAGCAAUAAAGCACUUUAUUUUCACA